AAUAGAUGCAACCAAAGACACAUAAAGUAAGAUGCAUUGCUAUUUGAGGUCUUGAACUCCUUACAAUACUUCUAUUUAAUAGCCACAUAAAGUACUACCUACCUAAAAAGUGGGAGAAAAACAACUCCUGUUUACUUGCUGGAGUUGAAUUUCAUCUGCAACUCUUUUACUUUUCAUUUUUUCUCUUUUAGUUUUUCGUACUGUUUUGUCAAUCAUUAGGAGCCAUCUGUUGUGAGUAAUUGUUAUUGCUGACUCCAGUUUUGGUAUGUUUGAUUACUUCAAUGGUGAGUAUUUCUCUGCAGAUUUCAGGCCUUUGCAGGUGCCAUGGAUUUGAUCAUUGACUGUUUUGUGAGUUCUUUAUAUAGGACAGAGGUCACGUUGAGCACUUGAGCAUUUAGAUAUGGCCUGCCACAACGGACUGAUUUGGUUAUGCAUGGAAACUGGGGGGGGAUUAAUUAGGUUAAUUAAUUAUAUUAAGUGUAGAAAUGGAAUGGUUAGUCCUAUUUAGUGAAAACCAAACAUAUGAACUUAUUUUUGGAAGAAGCCUAUGUUUUGGUCCUAGUUUGGAUAAAUUUCUCUUAGAAGUAAUAGAGUAGAUUAGUUAUUUAUUUAAGUAUUAUUAGUGUGGGACUCCUAUUGUAAUUAUUACUAUUAUUUCCUAUAUAUAUAUAUCUACCAGGGCUACCAUUAUGGUUAAGCCUGAUAUUAUUUCUCACAAGAAGUUCUAUAAAGUCGCAAAGAAAGAAUUCAAAUUUGAUCAAAAUUAGAUAUAUAAAGUAAAAGAUUAAAAGUGAUUUAAGUUGAUUAGAUGAGUAGCGAACGGGAACAUCAUUUUGGGACAUAGGUAGUAUGUUUUAUAUUUCAGCGAUGAAAAAUUAUUUUUCGUGUAAAAAACACCAGAUUGAUGUUCCCGUAUGGAAAGACUUGUUGUUCAUAUGGAAAGACUUGUUUCAGCGAUGUUUUAUAUUUUACAAGAUUUGGUCCACAUAGCUGAGUUUAAGUCCAUAUGGAAAGACUUGUUGUUCAAUCCAGGUGAGUUUUAAGUAAAUGAUUUUAAGUCCAUAGCUCAAAUCUACGGUUUAAGGACUCCAAGCUUGUACUUUUCACUUAGAAUAACACCCGAGAUGGAGAGAAACUUGAGAUUUUUGCUCACAAAAGUGAAGCUUGGGCACCAGAGGAGGUAUCAGGUCUGGUUUACCAAAAAGUUUCUUUCUUUGCUCGAGAGGGAGAAUGUUUUGAUAGACAUUGUGAGAUUUAUCUGUUGCACAUGUCGUUCUUCAAGUGAAUAUGGUCAUGUUGUGGAUGUGAUGCUGAGAUGGGCUGUGAUUGGUUGGUUGUUGAUGUCUUGUAGGAAAAGUUGUGUCCAAGCAAACUUCAAGCUUGGGCUAUUUUACGAUUGGCUGUUUUUUGACGAGGACGACGACAUGAUGUGUGUCGAGCCAGCAAUUUUGUUGAUGGUCUCUAUACCAAAGUAUAGUGAUAUCACCAAUACUCUUCUUGAGUUUCUCUUGAUUCUGAUUGACAAUUAUGAUGUAGAGAGGAAAGAUGUGAUCAUCAAAGGGGUGUUAAGCGCGAUCCAUGCGCUUAUUAGUAAAGGCGUUAUUAAAUCACUUGAUGUCUUGACUCACUCUGAUAUGAUCUCUCCCUUGCUCAGAGAAAUGCUAGGGAAAUUGUUGUCGUUCAUGGAAACUACUCGUUCAAAAGAGAUGCAAGCAACUGUUCUUAUACAAACACCUGUAUCACCCGUCAUUUGACAUCUUUGUUGGCUAUGAGAGCGAGUGCCUGGGGUGACUUAUUUUCAAGUCAAGUGGCAUUUACAGGAAGAAUUGCUUCACCCUGUAAAAAGCAUUUGCCAAACAAUGGUUUGUCAAUAAAAACGCACUUUUGUAUCCUUUAUUCAAGGAAUAUCUUGUUGCCUUUUAAGAAAUGCGAUCUACAAUACGGAGUAUUUGUUAGUAGCAUUAAUGCUUCAGAGUUAUCAA